ACGAGCCGCUUCCGUCAGCGACCGAGAAAAACCGGAAGUCGGCGCCAGUCUUCCCCUCUCGCGGCUGCUCCGGCCAAAAUGGCGGACCUCCACCGCCAGCUGCAGGAGUAUCUGGCGCAGGGGAAAGCCGGCGGGCUGGCGGCCGCAGAGCCGCUGCUCGCUGCGGAAAAGGCGGAGGAGCCCGCGGCGGGGGGCGGGCCGGUGGGGGCGUGGCUGGGCCGCGCCGGUCUACGCUGGACGUGGGCGCGGAGCCCCGCGGAGCCAACGGCGGCAGUGACCUCAGAGUGCUUUCCCAGCGUGACGCGCGCGCAGCGGCUGGUGGCGAGCGGCGUGUGCCUGCUGCUGGCCGCGCUUUGCUUCGGCCUGGCCGCGCUCUACGCGCCGGUGCUGCUGCUGCGCGCCCGCAAGUUCGCACUGCUCUGGUCCCUGGGCUCUGCGCUGGCGCUAGCUGGCGGCACGCUAUUGCGUGGCGGCGCGGCGUGCGGGCGCCUGCUGCGCGGCGAGGAGACGCCGUCGCGGCCAGCGCUGCUCUAUGUGGCCGCACUGGGCGCCACGCUGUACGCGGCGCUCGGGCUGCGCAGUACGUUGUUCACGGCGCUAGGCGCCUGCGUGCAGGUGGCUGCUCUGCUGUCCGUGCUAUUCGGUCUCCUGCCGCGGGGUGCUGUCACCGCGCUGCGGCUAGCGUUCGGGCGCCUGGGCCCGGGAGCCGGCCUCGCCAAGGCGCUGCCGGUGUGAGAAGCCCCGGGGCCCGUGCUGUCGAGCAAGGACGGACGGAGGUCCUGUACGGAGGCGACGCUGAGCCCGGCCCCGGGACGCGCCGUCGGAAGACCACCGGGAGCCGGUCCCUGGCGCGGCGCGGACGGAGCCAAGGACUGCGCCCGCCGUCUUCCAUAUCGCGCUGGGUAGAGGCUGCUCCGUUGUUGUGCCACCGAACCUGUCACCUUUGAGCAGCUAUUCUAAAACUGAGACUUGAGCCGCCUCGGAAGCUCUUCGGUUUCAGCGUCUUCCGCCUUACUGUUGCAUGUGCUAUGAAAUCGAGAUGUUGUGGUUGAUUUGGUGAGAGUACUGCUGUGAAACACGGUAAAUUGCUUUUGCGUUAACCGUGGUCUUAGAUUGAGCGCAGUAAAAAAUGAAUGGCUCUUCGGUUUUAAUUAGCUGCCCUUGUGACUUUUCUCAGACUUUUACCUUUUGUCGUUUCAGAAAUCCAGUGGUAGAUUGUAGUAGCUUAGCUACAAUACCCUUUUCUUUGCUCUCGAAAAUUUAUUCUUCCUCAAUGAGUGGAUUCUUAAGCGUAUCAAAUUAAACACUAAAUUUAGCCACCAGGUUUUUAUUUAAGUACUUUAGUUAAGACCGUCUACCUCGGUUUUUCUUUUUUUUUUUUUUUAAGUGAAAUUGUAAAUAUGGUGCCUUAUAAAAUUGAAGGAAAAUUGGUUUUGUAUUAGACAUGAAAGCGACGGACCAAAAAGUAAAUGCCCCAAGCAUGACCUGUCGAUGAUGCUAUGAGAGGUCCCUGGGCAGAACUGGGUUGGGGACUCUUGCCAGACAAGAGACUUCUACAUGCAAAGUUCUGUAUUUGACGGAAAUCAUGGAUUUCUACAAGUCCUAAUUUAUCAUUCCUAGUUUUAUUACCUGCUUUUUAAAGUGCAAUUUAUAUUUUGUAGGCUGAUUCUAAUGCAGUGUAAGAUGCUUUUCAUAUAUGACAAGUUGCCUCUUAGGUUCAGCAUUUACUCUUGUCUUUGACUUUAUUGCAUACCCUAAUGUAUUGCCAAAAAGUUCGGACUCAGUAUUCUGAUGAGUCCAGAAAACAAGUUUUGUCAGUAGCUCUAUAUUAACUAGAAAGUAAAUGUACUUAGGAUUUUCAAAUUCUUUAUCAGUGGGUCUCAGUUCACAUCAAAAUUACUUGAAGAACCAGAUCAAUUCAGCCAGAAUCUGGAGAGGGGUGGCGGGGAACCCAGGCCUCAGUAAUUUUUUUAGAGCUCUCCAGAUGAUUCCCUGUUCAGCUAAGGUGGAGAACUACUUUUCUGUGCACUGGAUUGCACAGUUUGAAAAUAAUUUUCUGGGGCUGGAUUCCACUUUGCCUAAACAGGUGUGUCAGGCAGCAAUAGAGCAUUGCCUCCUUUUGCUCAAUAUUUAUAUUCCUAGAUCCUGAUCAGUGUCCUAAUCCCUGCCCCAACUUCAUGGGGGCUCCGCACCCCAGUAUUCUCUAAGAAUUACUGCCUUGUUCCCCUUUCAGUAAACAGGGCUACUUACCUACCUCAAGAGGAACAGACAAGAGGGUGUUUGUAGUAAAAGCACAUGUUUUUAGAGAGGGACUUUUUUUUGUAAUUGGAAAAAACUUGUGCCAUUGGCUGCUCCUUCUAUCCCCUAGUUAAAUCUCUGUCCUAGUUUUCAAUUUCUCUAGAAUUUGCACAGCUGAAGAUCUGACAGUGUUUAGCCCAUUUUUAUGUUGAUGCUGUUAUGGUUUUUUUAAAUUGUUUUCCCAGCAUUUUCUCAAGAAUUCACCAAAAAUGUAGCAUUUAUAAAAUUCAAAGCACAAUACCUUGUAUGUACUUGGUAGUGAUGUUCUAAAAGUUCCUAAGUAUUCAGUAAAUUACAGUGUAAAGAUUGCAGUUUUUUUUAAAGGAAUUCUUUCUCAAAACGUGAUGUGGUUAUCUGUUUGCUGAGGUACUGUAUUGUUUAAAGCUGAAGCCUAAAAUGUUAUGAUGGUAAAGAUCUUAGCACAUGAAUCUCGGAAAAAGCCUCUCAAUAUGGGUUUGGUCCCUGGAUCCCAUUUUAGCUUAUCGGAAUUUGAUUACAACUUCUUAAGCUGUGCCAGUGGAGGACAAAUAAAGAACGUCCCACAAACUUGAA